CGCUCCGGCGAGCCUGCACGAAAUCCUACCCGGGGUUCGAUCUGAUCCCGCGAAACCACGGCACCACCAUCCAAACCCUCGGCGCAGACCCGCCGCGUGCUCGAUGCCAUGUCGGAGACCACGGACAAGUUGCAGAACUUGCUCGAGUCCGUCAUCCGCCGUCUCGACGCAAAUCAGAAGACCGCCGACGAAUGCCACCAGGCGCAGGUCACCUACAACGACCAAGUCUCCGCCGAGGUCAAGCUCCUGUCCAAGCAGAUCGACCUCACGCAAGCCGAUGUGGACGAGGCCCGCAAGGCUACGCCGAUCGUGGAUCCCGCGGCGACCGUCUCCGGCGCCGCAUCUCCAUCGGGCGUCACGGCCACCGCGGACUCCUCCGCGCACCCCCCACCACCACCACCGAGUCGCCCUCCGCCACUGCCCCUCUACACCGACGGUGCAACACAGCUUCCGUUCGCCCGCCUCGUCAACCACGGUCCGCCGCUGCUCAACGCGCGGUCACCGUCGUCCUCGGAGCUCGACCGCCACGACGACCACUACAUCAAGCCGCCCAAGCACGAUUUCCCGCGGUUCGACAGCGACGCCCCGCGCAUCUGGCUGGACCGCUACACAACCUCCUUCGAGCUGUACCGCGUGCCACAACACAACUAGGUCA